CGCCCAAAGAUGAUAUACUUGAUGAUGGCCAAUAGGAGCGGCUCCGAUGUUGCUGAUACCCCGCAUGCAACACAACGCGCCAGUGCAACCUCGUCUUCUCUCAACUCCCUAUAUAGAGCGAUCAAACGCCCCUAGUUGCGUCUAUUGUACAACUACUAAGCGGUAUCCAAAGGAGGGACAACAUCGAAGAGCGGGAACCAUCAAAUUGGAGCUAGAGACGACGAACCUAGCCCCGCACCGAGUCCGUUCCCACAACAUCCAGCAAUAUGAAAGAGCCCCAGCCCCCUCCAGAAGAUGUCCCAGUCAGCAUCGGCACUCCUGCUACAUCUACCGAGCCAAGAGUACCUCGCUUCAUCGUCAUUGGCGCUGGCUCUCGGGGCAAUGCCUACGCCCGCGCCGUCAAAACGACCACCCCUGGCGUCAUCCAUGCCGUAGCCGAACCACACGAUUUCAAGCGGCGCGAAUUCGGACGGAACUAUAUCUGGGGAGCGGAAGGAUCUCCAAUCGAAGGACAAGAAUUCACCGACUGGAGGGAAUGGGUGCGAUGGGAAAUUGAGCGGCGCAAAAAGGGCGCCUCCGACGAGAGUUCCAAUCCGGAGCAGUCCACAGCUCCCAUCGGGGUAGAUGGAGUCUUCAUCUGCACACUGGAUGAGACUCAUGUCGAGAUUAUUAGAGCUAUCGCCCCGCUCAACCUCCACAUUCUCUGCGAGAAACCUCUGGCACUCUCUCUAGAUGAUUGUCUAACCGUCUAUCGAACUCUCCAACCACCUAACCCGCAAUCCGCCAACCACGAACCGGAGUCGCCGACGAGGAUCUUCUCCAUUGGACAUGUCCUCCGAUACAGCCCACACAAUACACUGCUCCGGAAAUUGCUCCUCACAGACCGCGUCAUCGGAGACAUUGUCUCCCUCGAACACACCGAACCAGUCGGCUGGUGGCACUUUUCCCACAGCUAUGUCCGAGGAAACUGGCGUCGCGCCACAGCGAACGGCGACGGUUCCCUCCUCACAAAAUCCUGCCACGACAUCGAUUUCAUUCUAUGGCUGCUCUGCUCGCCGACAAGCCGCGAGAGCGCCCAGCAGCCACAUUUCCCACGAUCCAUCUCGUCAGCAGGCUCCUUGACGCAGUUCCGGCGUGCCAGAAAACCCGCUGCAGCCGGGGACGCUACAAGUUGCGUGUCCUGCCCCAUCGAGCGCGAAUGCAAGUACAGCGCGGUCCGAAUUUACAGGGACCGACACCUCGCAAAGGGCCAUCGCGGGUGGCCGGUUGACAUUGUAUGUCCGGAUAUCGAAGACGUCUACAGAGCAGAGGAGGCUGCAGCCUCCGAAGAGCAUCUACUCUCGCGACUACGGGAAAACUACGACGUCCGUGUCCAGUCGGACAGCGACAUCGCCGCGAGACCGUGGUACGGGCGCUGCGUGUACGAAGCAGACAACGACGUCUGCGACGACCAGGUCGUAACACUCUCCUGGGAUGACGAGGUCGGCGAGCCGAAGCGACUAGCUAAAACGGCUACCUUCCAUAUGAUCGCGCCCACGGAAAAGCAAUGCGAGCGACGGGGCCGUGUCUACGGGACAGCUGGGGAAAUAGAGUAUGACAGCAACACGAUCUCCAUCUAUGAUUUUGGCUCGGCAAAGAUGAGGGUUAUUGACGUGCCACGUCCGCCGCCGGAGAGGGCUGAGUCGCAUGGUGGUGGUGAUUACGGUCUUGCGGGACAAUAUGUGAAUGCCGUCAAUGCUGUGCUGAAUAAGGGGUUGGAUGUUGAGACUGCUCAGGCGCGGUUUAUCGGGUGUACCCUUGAAGAAGCGGUGCAGAGUCACGCUGUGGUUUUUGCGGCGGAGGAGGCGAGGAGGGAGGAGCGUGUUGUUAAGUGGAAGACUUGGUGGGAGGAGAAGCUGAAGGGCUCGCUUGCGUGAGAGGAGAUGGGAGGCGGGAGUUUCAAGCGUAGUGCUUCGAAAUUUUAUGACUUUACGAUUCAUGAUGAUGAUAUGUUGAAGAAUUUUUCUGACACUGUAAUCUCGAAGACCAACGCCAGUGCCUUCACCGGAAUGUGAUAUGUAUGAACAAUUCAGCCAUGUCCAAUAUACCUCCCUAGAAAAUCUGAGAUAUGAGAAAUCGUCCUUCUCAUGAAUCGAACCCUUGACCUUCACAUUCCCUAUAUACCUCCCCAUAAUGCUCCGUCGCCAUCCCACGAUGCUCGAGUACAUACUCUUGAGGCUGGCCCG